CCGAGGAUGGGGUACUCUCUGCCAUGCCUGAGGAUUUUGCAGAUGGGGAAGAUGAGGAGGAGGAGGACGAGCUUGGGGAGAGCACACAGCAAACCGUUCUCCCUGACAGCCAGGAUCUUUUUAUCAUCCUGGCUGAAAUACCCUCGCAACCCAACAAAGCCAGAGAAGGGACCUCUGCAGCUGCAAAUGUUUCAAGCCUCCCUCCUCCGUCCCAAAGGCUAUCUCACAUAAGGUGGCGAAAAAAAUGCACGUGCAAUGAAAUGUUCUCUGAGCUCAUGCAGUCGUCCGGCACUGACAGAGCUGUGUGGAGGGACACAAUAGCAGAGUACAGGACAGUGGCCGAUGAAUGUGAGGAGAGGUGGCAGCAGGAAGAUCAGAGGAGGCAUGAGGCAAUGCUGGGGCUACUGCGGGAUCAAACAGACAUGCUCCGGCGUCUGGUGGAGGUUCAUGAACACAGCAGGAUCACAGACGGCCGCUGCAGCCCUUGCUUAACUGCCCUCCCUCCUCCCCAAGUUCCAUCGCCUCCUCACCCAGACGCCCAAGAACGCGGGGUGGGGGAGAGAGGCUCUGGGCACCCAACCACUCCACCCCAGUGGACAGCCCAAACCCUAAUAAAUGCACUAAGAGAUUAUAAGGAGAAAACAAAAGAAAUUGUGGAAAAGCAGACUUUCUUUGACAUUGCAACAACAACUAAUAGUGAAAAUGUACAAACAAUAGGACAACCAUUACUGACUUCAAAACAAGAAGAUGGCACCACAAUGAUGAAAUCAUCUGAAGUCAUGGCUAAGUCAUUCAUGAUUUCUAUUUAUUCCGCAGCCUCACAGGGAGGAGCAACAAGAGCUAACAAUAGCAUCCCUUGGUAA